AUGCUGGAACAUGAAUCUUCUUGUUAUGCAAAAGAGCUAUCUGCCGAAAUCGACAAUUUUUUACAACCUUCAUCUGAAGCCAUUGAAUUACGCCAGCUUCUUCAAUCACCACAAAUUCAGGCUUUACUUCAAGCACAUGAUGUAAUAAUUCAUGAAAUUUACGAAGGAAGUGCUCGAGGAAAUUCUGUAUCCACAGGUGAAGCAAUAAACAGCGAAGCUACAAUUAUCAGUCACCGAAACUUGUCGCAAAACCAGCGUACAUUAUCACAAACUUCAUCCGUUUCUCAUAAAAAUACAGAGAAUGAAAUUCGGACAGCGUUGCAACCUUCUACGUCAUCACAAUUGCCAUUUUCAUACCUCAAUGGUGGUAUACUGCGCUCACAGACGCCACACAAAUCUGCGUCUCCUUCAAGCACAACUGAACUACCGCAAACAUCUUUCGUCCCACCACUUUUUGAUGAUGACGAUGACCUUCUGAUGGAUGCCGUGAGUCGCGUCACUGAAGAUGGUCGGUGUUUGGUAGCUCGAAUUAUGCAUGGUGGAUUAAUACAUCGACAAGGUAAGCUUACUUGUCCCUUUCGUCUGUUUGCUUGCAAUGCAAUCGACAGCAACACGUUUGCAGCAACAUUACAUGUCGGUGACGAAAUACGUGAAAUCAAUGGUGUUUGCGUGUUGAAUCAAAGCGUAGAAAUGCUACAACGUUUACUACGUGACGCACGUGGUGCUGUAACUUUUAAAAUUGUUCCAUCUUAUCGUAGUGCACCACCAGCAUGUGAAAUAUUUGUUCGAGCACAGUUUGACUACGAUCCAGGUCAAGAUGAUCUGAUACCCUGUCCUCAAGCUGGUAUUCCCUUCAAAACUGGCGAUAUUCUUCAGGUGAUAUCAAAAGAUGAUCAUAACUGGUGGCAAGCUAGGUUUGUCUGCCCAUUUCCUGCUCUUGGGAGUGGUGGUGCAAGUGGAACCCAUACACCCGGAGCUUCUGUAGCGGGAUUAAUACCUUCUCCCGAACUACAGGAAUGGAGAACUGCUUGUUUAGCUAUGGAACGAGCUAAAGAUAACACGCACUGUAUGUGGUUUAACAAGAAGAAGAAGUAUUAUACGACAAAAUACCUUCAGAAACAUUCCGCUUUAUUCGAUCAGCUCGAUCUCGUUACUUAUGAAGAGGUGAUACGACUGGCAACAUACAGACGUAAAACUUUGGUUUUGUUGGGUGCUCAUGGGGUAGGUCGAAGGCAUAUCAAAAAUACACUUAUUCAUAGGCAUCCACAAAGAUUUGCUUAUCCUAUACCACAUACUACAAGACAGCCAAGAAAAGAUGAAAUUGAUGGGAAGCAUUAUUAUUUUGUAUCUAAUGAUUGUAUGCUUGCUGAUAUCCAAGCAAACGAAUAUCUGGAGUAUGGAACUCAUGAAGAAUGCAUGUAUGGUACUAAGCUAGAAACUAUCCGAAAUAUUCAUAGGUCUGGAAAGACAGCGAUUUUAGAUGUUGAACCUCAGGCACUCAAAGUUCUCAGAACAGCAGAAUAUGCUCCAUUUGUCGUUUUUAUUGCUGCACCAAAUUUGCAAGGCCUACAAGAUCCAGAUGGUAGCUUAGAACGUUUGUUACGUGAGAGUGAAAUCUUACGGCAAGCAUUUGGCCAUCUUUUUGAUUACGUGAUAUUGAAUAACGACAUUGACGAGACUAUUCGGCAGUUGGAACUUGUGGUGGAGAAGCUUAAUGCUUGUCCGCAGUGGGUGCCGGUUUCUUGGGUGUAUUAA